GCAGAAUGCGCUCGACUGGAUAUUAUAUUGUUAAUCCAACGACGAUCAGGGCUUGCUCAUCACGUGCUGAUAGCCCGAUAAGGCGUCUUUUGCAACGAUUUCGACGCUGCGAAAGAAACGACUUCGACGCUCGAUGGGGAGUUGAGAACUCGACAAGUUUCCCUUCAACCUAUCAAUUGUGAUAGCUGGCGUCUUGCUGUCGGUCUGCCCAUCAUGACGACGCCUCUCAUAUUACUUCCCAAUGAUGAGGUUCCAUCCGACCAUCUUCCUUCCACCACAUCAGCUCCUUUGAGACUGGGACCUGGGCUUCGUCUGCUCUCGCAACAAUCAUCUACAUCGUCUGCGCCCAAAUCAACCGGCCAUGUCCUGACCGCGACCCAGGCCGGUAUUCUUUCGACCGACUUCAAGAGAAACACUGUGUCGCUCCAAACAUUCCCCAAUCACCGAUAUAUCCCAACACAAAACGAUCUCGUGAUUGCGCAGAUUCACCAUUCCAGUGCAGAUUACUUCCACUGCAUGAUCACACCUCAGGCUCCUCAUGCACUAUUAGGACAGCUUUCCUUCGAGGGUGCGACAAAGAAGACAAGGCCAAUGUUGAAGCAAGGCGAUCUGGUUUAUGCCCGUGUGUUGUCGGUUGGACUCGGCGCUGGUGCAGAAGUCGAACUGACCUGUGUGAACCCUGCAACUGGCAAGGCAGAUGGAGGACUGGGCCCGUUAACAAGCGGGAUGGUGUUUGAUGUCUCUACCGGCAUGGCUGCACGGUUGCUGAGAGCAAGUUCGUCGUCGCCCGAACAGCAAGAAGCUCUCGCAGGGCUGGUCGUUCUCGAUGAAUUAGGGAAGAAGCUCGAGAGUGUAGGAGGAUUCGAAAUUGCCGUAGGGAGAAACGGCAAGAUCUGGGUGGAUUGCUCGAAUGGCGGCGACUCUGCUGUCAAGGCGACAGUGGCAAUUGGGAGAUGUUUGAAUACAAUCGACGACAACAACUUGAAUCCAGCAGACCAGAGGAAAUUGGUCUCGAAGAUUUUACGAGAAAUGAAAAUAGCUUCUUGAUUAUAACGAUGUAUCAGUUUGUCAAUGAGCAUCCGGGUGUUUUCACUGCUAUUUCCCUUGCCGUAUAAUUAAUUUAAAGACCUCGAGCACAACAUUAUUGUCUAGACAUAUACAAUUAUACCCAAUAUAUCUUCAAAGCAAAUAUAUCUUAAAGAUCUUCUGAACUUAUCGUUGCGAAAUAAAG